AUCCUGCGCCCUCCUUCUCUCUCUUCGGCCCGAGCAAAUCUGACAUGUCGGAAGAAGCGAUCCUAAAAAGGCUCGAGGACUCCACACGGUACGCGGUCGAGGAGCAGAUCCGCACCCUCCAAACCAUCCUCGACCACAACGGCGGCGCACGUUAUCUCGCAUCCCAUUUUCAGGGCUACAACGGCCCCCUCAACGCCGACUCCUUCCGGCGUUUCGUCCCCAUCUCUUCCUACGACGAUUAUGUGGGCCCCAUCCAAGCUCUGGCCGACGGUGACGAUCGGCCCAUCCUGUCCGUCGAUCCCCUCAUCUGCUUCUUCUACAGUUCAGGAACGAAUUCUUCAAAGCCGAAGAUGAUACCGUAUUUCGAUUCGAAGCCCGGGAAAGAAGCAUCCUAUCUGGCACACCAGGCCAGUGCUGCACUCGUUAGAAGGUUGUUUCCUCCCAGACCAUCCAAGAAUAAAGUCCUUUGGUUUCUGUAUGCUGGGAAAGUCACUGAGACCGAAGGCGGUAUCAAAGCAAUGGCAGCCUCUGCAUUUCCCUUCCACAACAACAGCCAAAGCAAGUCGCAACUGCUUUCGAUGUGCAUCAGCCCUGUCGAAGUUCUUCUUGGAUCGGAUACUCAUCAACAGACAUACUGUCACCUUCUAUGCGGCCUGCGCUACUCCAAUUCUAUAGACUGUAUACGGGCCCCAUAUGCUGCGGGCCUUAUACGGGCAUUCCACCUUCUAGAAUCCAAGUGGAGGCAGCUCUGUGAAGAUAUUGACACUGGGACAGUUAGUUCAGAGAUAACAGAUGUUACAAUGAGGGAUGCCAUUGUGGAGUUCCUUGGCGGGCCCCAACCAGAUAUAGCGGAUAGGAUUCGAUCAUUUUGUGAAGGAGGAGAGUGGGGUGGGGUCCUGAUCAAGCUGUGGCCGGAACUGCGUUACAUUUCAUGUGUCACGACCGGAAGCAUGGAGCAGUACUAUGCCAAGCUCAAAUACUAUGCUGGCGAUAGUGUAAUGUUGUUAGGUGGUGACUACUUCACCUCUGAAUGUGGCGUCGCUAUCAACAUGGAACGGUCGAAUCUGCCACAGAAUACGAAAUUCGUCAUGCUCCCAACAGCGGCCUACUUCGAAUUCCUCCCAUUUGAUGUGAGUGCCAGUGUUUGUUCUGAUGCAGCUGUGGAUUUCUCGGGCGUUGAGGUUGGGAAGAUGUAUGAGGUUGUCACAACUACUUACAGAGGGUUGUAUCGAUACCGUCUUGGCGACAUUGUUAAAGUCAUCGGUUUCUAUAAUUCAUCUCCUGAAGUGGAGUAUGUGAUGCGGGCACCAAAGGCUCCUGGAGAGGUUUUGACUGAGAAGAGCUUAAUCUCCGCCAUGGAAAGAUUGCGAUGCAUGCUUAGAGAGGAAACUAAGGUGGAGAUUGUGGAGUUUGCAAGCUUUGUAGACUUGGAAUCGAGCCCAAAACAUGUGGUGAUUUUCAUUGAACCAAGCAUUGAGUUCGAGGAAUCGAUGGUUUUUCUUCAAAGAUUCUGCUUGCUCUUGGAAGAUUGUUUAGGUAGUAUUUAUAAGGUGCAGAGGAAGAACAGAGAUGUUGGGCCUUUGGAGAUAUCUGUUGUGAAGCCAGGCAGUUUCUAUGAACUGUUCCGGGCGGCAGUGGAGAAUGGGGCACCCGCCAAUCAAUACAAGCCACCGAAGAUUCUUAGAAACCGUACGAUCAUUGAUUUAUUGAAAAGGUUUGUGAUCAUGACCGUCUAUCAGGAUUCUUUGGAUAUCCUGUAAUUCUAUGCAUAUAAGCUCAUAUUUGGGAUUACCAUGCUCAAACCAAAAGAAGAAGAUGAAAGAAUCACGCCUGUUUGAUUCUUGUUGCUGACCUGAUUGAUGAGAGCAGUCUGUUUCUUUCAAAUCAUCAGACAAGGUAAGGAAUAGUACUAUGCUGUAAUGUUGCCACUGCAAUAUAGUCUUCCUCCUCUGACCCAAGCACCUCAAUGGGAUUACUGUUUUGAAGGCUAGUGCUUAGUUGGGGAGCAAGACUCUUUAAAUAGAAUAGUUUUCAGUAUACUCUUUAAUACACACACACACACAACCUUACAGUUCUCUCCAUAAGAACAGAGAAUUGACAACCAAAAGCUAUAUAAAAUGUGUAUAUCAUCACA